AUGACCCGGCAAUACGUCGACGACCUCAACCAGGAGAGUGAGAGAAGUGCUGGGUCUGUGUGGGGACCCCUGGCGCACGACAAUGGUCACCAUUACGGUAAUCAUUUCGUUUUGGAGUAUAGCGAAUACAUUGCAGAAGCACUGCUAGCGGUUGCGGAUCACAAACGCACGAACAAGGAUAUCACUUGCUACAACCGUGCGCCGGAGGGAUCAGUGGUUUAUCCCGAGAAGAAAAUGAUCAGCAGCCUCACCAAGAUUAGUCCCAGAGUCGACUACGAAGGUUACGAUUUUCUUUUCGGGCUGAAGUCUACAGCUCGGGGCGAGCGCUGA